AAUGCAGUAGUGAGUGUCCUGUUUAUAAGCCUGUCCCUCUUGACCCUCAUGAGUGGAGUGAGGCGUAGGAGACACAAAACAAAUGAUCAGCAGGGGCCCCAUCUGCUCAAUAUGGCACUUGGACCACACACAAAGCACAUGUCUUUCCAGAACAAAUAGAGACAACUGAGCUGCGAAUCAAUUCCAAUCAAGAAGGAUCAAUUCAAGUCAUGCAAGUCAGAUGAAUAACAUGAAAUGGUACAAAGGUCAGCAGCGCCCUCUGUUGGUUUGUUUGCUUCAGCACCAUUUCUCCCUUUUCUUGAAAAUGACGAGUUGUGGCAUCUCUUCUACCGGCAACGUGGCACGACGCACUCAUCUUUAACUGUAUUUUCCACUUUACCAAUGCAACCUCAGCGCACCUGUCAAACCCAGGGCGUACUCCGUUUUGUUUACCCUGCCCUUUGACUCAUCAAGGGCCCGCCUGGGAUACCACAUGCAAACAUAGGCACAGAUUGAAGAUGGGCUACUGCUGGUGCUAUCAGAGAGUUGUUUCUUAUCAGCUUGGGAAAUGAUGUGGCAGUUGCAGUUGCACUUUGGGUUUACCGGACAUUGUUUGAAAUCGAAGGAUGGAGCACAGAGGUCGACCCAGGUCACAAAUGGGUCAUCCAAAAAACAGGGACCCUAGACCGGAUUAUUACAAGUAUCCGAACCAGGAGAGAGGGCAGUGCUACCCUCCACCUGAUCCCAGGGAAUGGGACAGGAGCUGGGGCCAUCCUGAGUCACACUUCAGACCCCCAGUGACCAGUCCUGUCAGGAGAGAUCCUUACGCCUAUGGACCUCAGCACUAUCCCUACGGUUACGGAUGGGCAGAGCAGCAACCGCCACAUUCAAGACAUGGGUAUGACUACUCAGCCUAUGGUCAGUGGGACUACAGGGACAACUAUGGCUACUACCAGCAGGACUACUACAGAGGACAGCACCAGCACCCAGAUGGUGGUCAGUGGGGACAACAGGAGCCCUGGCAAAGGGAACAGUACCAAGAACACGCACAACAGAAAAGCAUUUCAACAAACACAGAGGAGAGGUAUGACCCAAGGAAAGACGGCUCACAAAAAUACAAAGACGACUAUGAGGACACUACAAACAAAGAAAAUGAGGACAGUAACUCCUCUUAUUAUUUGGGGACAUUAGAAAGCUCCAAAGCCUCGGGUCUGUCGUCCAGCAGCAUCGAACUCAGUCAGUACAUCAACGGGGCAGAGCAGAGUGAGCUUACGCCUCUGCCUGUGCCGGCUGAAACAGAACAAAACCACCAAUUGUCUGCACCAUUGAAGUAUUCCAUCCCUCAUGCAGUGGUCAGUUUUGGACCAGCUGGACAACUGCUCCGGGUCUGUCCAGGUUUCACAACGCAGAAGAAUGUCAGCCAAGUGGAAAUACACAAUAUGGAGGUCAUUCUUAGUGAGACACAAGAACAGCAAGAAAUAAGAAAGUUCCCCGGGCCCUUAACAAGGGAAGAUUUGCACAAAGUGGAUGCUAUCGAGUUUGCCCACCAGAUGGCAGGAGCGUGCUUGAGAGAUGACAAUCUGCGUGACAAGAGCUCUGCUGCCCUCCUGUGGAAUUUACUCAUACUUCUCUGCAGGCAAAAUGGGCAAAUCGUGGGCUCAGACAUAGCAGAGCUGCUGGUCCAGAGCUCUCGGGGAGUGGGUGGUGGUCAGUCAGACUCUGCCUCUCUCAUAGACUUCAGCGAGGGCUCUGUGGCUGAAGCUCCGCCCUCUGAGGGAGAGGAUGACCUGCUGACUGGACUCUGCAGCUCAGAGAGCGCACAGAAAGCCCUGAAGAGUUACACACAGCUGCUUCUGGCUGGAAGGAAGAAGGAAGCGCUGGAGUCUGCUAUGAGCAGCGGUCUGUGGGGACAUGCUCUGUUUCUGGCCAGUAGAAUGGACAACAGGUCCUACACCACUGUACUGAACAGGUUUACAGGACAGCUCACAGCCAAUGACCCACUCCAGACCCUCUUCCAGCUGCUGUCCGGGAGGGUCCCUGCUGUGGCCACGUGCUGUGGCAGUGAGCGGUGGGGCGACUGGAGGCCUCACCUGGCUGUGAUCCUCUCCAAUGACACCUCUGAUUCUGCUGUCAAACAAAGGGCCAUCGCCACCAUGGGAGACACUCUGGCCUCCAGAGGACUCUUACACUCAGCUCAUGUGUGCUAUCUGACCGCCGGCCUGCCCUUUGGAGCCUUCACUCAGAAGGACGACAGGCUGGUGCUUCUAGGAAGCAGUCACAGGCAGUCAUUUAAGGACUUUGCCACAAACUCUGCCAUCCAGUGCACUGAACUGUACGAGUACUGCCUAAAUCUUGGAGGGAAAUACUUUUCCAUACCAUCUUUUCAGGUGUAUAAGUUCCUGUAUGCGACUCGGUUGUUGGACUGUGGCCUUUCCUCUCAGGCCUUUCAUUACUGUGAGGUAGUGGGACAGGCCAUCCUCCGGCAGAACGUCCCCAUGUUUGUGCUCACUGAUCUAAUUCUGAAGGUGUCAGACAGGCUCAGACAUUCGGAGGUGAGUGAAGUGGGACUGAGUGGAGCCGACCAGGAGCCAGGAUGGAUGACACAACUGCGCUUAAGGCAUCAGCGCUUACAGUCAGGCAGUUACAGCUUCAGUGAAAUCAGUCAGGAGGCGUCAGAAAGUACAGGAGACUACAGCCCUGUGCAGAGCCCAGAGCCUGAGCUGCUUUACUACAGAGACACUGAGGAAAUCUCUGGGAAUGACGUCUUAGAUGGAAACCAACCGUUCGCCCCAGCAGACUGCAGUGGAGUUCAAGAAUGGCCACAGAAUCCGCUCACAAUUCCACCUCCUAUGACCUACGCUCCUCCAGGUCAAAGUGCAGCAGUGGGUCAAGACUUCACUUAUUAUAACACAAAUACUGGAGUGUUACAUUCUCCUGGCUCCAGUCCUCCAGAAUCUGUGACACGUUCUAGAUCAAGCACAUUAACAAGUACAGGGAUGGUCCAUGCACAUCACACAUAUCCUGAAAUACAGCAACCGCAAGGCCAGCCCAUGAACCCUGACCUCUCUGGACAAAGCAGUCCUCCUAAACAGAGUGUACAGACUGGCACUUCAGGAGGAUGGUUCAGCGGCUGGUUUAAGUCAACACCCAAAGACAAUCAACCGGAGACCUCACAACCCGCCAGCCCACCUCAAACAUUUUCUACUCCAGACGUCGGUGCACCUCCUCCUCCAGUAGCCAUGUUCCCGCCACAGCCGUCCACGACAACAGGGAUCAACCCAUUUUCAAGGAAAGCCGGGCAACAGCUGGGCUAAAAGACCUCUCAUCAAAUUAGGACCAUUAUCAUAGCAUCUUAUAAUUAGCUUAUCAUUAGCACAACUACUAUGUGGACUGCAGAUUGAAACUUGUCACCAGCCAUCGCUAACUGAAAUGCCCUUCGUCUCACGCUCCCUGAAGCUCUGCAUACACUAGACCAGAAGGCAGACCUGCUCCAGUUCUCCAGACCAACUCCUCAAAGUUGACCCUAGCUAAAUGAAUUGUACAUACAGGUCAUAUCUUGAGAUUUGAACAGCACAAACUGAUGUAAUAACAUGACAACAAACUAGUAUAACUGUUUCACUACUAGCAGAUGAUUUAGGUGGCCGCCAUGUUGGAAUUGGCACAACUUCAUUAAGUUACAACCAGUUUCAUAUGAAGAUACGUAGACUAUUCAUUUUAUGCUGUCAAGAAUAUAUUGGUGCACAUAGAAUUAUUAUUUUCUUAACCUGUAAAGGCCUACAUGUUGAUAUGUUUAUUAGUGUCUUCAAAGGUUACUAUUAGAAAUAAGCACUGGUACAUAAAAAUAUCACAUAGCUCAACUAUGCAAUGUUGAAACCGGGCCAAGACGAAGUAAGACGUGUUUGGUUGUAUGCUAACAUUGCUUCAAACAUCAAGUGCCUUAAAUGGUCUAACAACUUUUGUAAUGGAUAUUCCUGCUUACUUUGGAACCUUCUCCAUAGAGAUAGAUAUAUUUUAUUCCAUAUGGUGAACUAUUAUAGCCAGAGGAGCAAAAUUUCCAUGGAAACAAGCAGGAGGAGGCCCUCCUCUAGGACAAAUAACAAUCAGGUUUGUGGAGAUGCAAGCCCGCUCAGAUGUUUUUCUCUGUCUUUCAAUGCAAAAGUAACACCCUUUAUGAAAAAACAUACUUUUAUUUUACUAUGUUUUAGCCAAAGGUUCAUACUAUGGCUUCAAAGGCUUAUAAAAAUCAAGUUGAAGCAACUACCAAAGUCUAUAACCCCUUUUUUACACUUCAAAACAAUGGUGGAGAUGAAAAGGUGUGAAAGUAAAAUAUAAUUCAUAAGACGUUAAAAAGCUUAAUUCCAUGUAAGGAAUCGUGUCCUUAUGUAUCAUAUGACACUGACCUCUAUACAUUUGUAUAGUAAAAACCACUGACUGUAUUGAUGACUUCAGAAGUUUCUGUUUUACUUAUACCCAAAGAGGUAUUUAUUUGAUAAAUAAAGUACUAGUGUGUGUAUCAGGUUCAUGUGCAAGACCAAGAAUAGAAUGAAGUCUUAGAGCUAUAAUAUGGUUGUAUUAACUUGCAUUUGCAGUUUUUCAAUAUAAACAAUAUAAAUUGUAUAAUGUUUGGGACUGUGUAAUAUUAUCAAUGUUAAA